AUGGCCACCACGGCCGACGUCAGCUGUGAGCUGCAGCGACCCACCCCCUCCCCCAACCCUCCCCCGCUCAACCCCCGCCCGGGCAAUUCCUCUAACCCUGUCCAAAGGACAAGCGCGGACGCGAGCUCGAACGCACCGUCGGACCCCUGCGACCCUUUUAAAGAUUCACAUCGCCGCGGGCGAGUUUGGCGGGGCUCUGAAGAUCGCCGUCCGCUAAUACGAGGCGCAACCGGCCCCGCGGGGCGAGGCGAGUCCCUUCAACUACUCCGCACGUGGACUCUACCUAGAGCGGACUGCGCGAGGCAACGAGAGUAUCUCUACCUAGAGUUUUACCGAGAGUUUGCAAUCCCGACGGGGAAAAAGUUCCCUUUGUGCUCUCCGCGCCACGGGCUCUCCCGAAAC